UCUUUAAAUAAUGAUGAAGCAUCAACCCAAACUGAUGUGCAGAAACUUCUGGAGCUGGGCCAAAACCAAAGGUAUUCCUGGCAAAUCUGUUAAGUUACAGAGGCAAGACUUUAGCUGAUGCCCUCUUUAAGUGCUUAGGUGGCUUGGAUGUGACUGAAGGCGUACAUCUCGGCAUCACAGAUUUCCUUCGCGCGGACGAAAUCCUUCGUCGUACACGAACGCAGUUUUGUGCUGGUUUGUCUGUUGUGCAACUUUCCUUUAUGAAAUCGAGACGUGAAUUGCUUAAAAGUAGUAAUGGACUGGGAAAUGAAAUCUCUCCAGGAAGCCUUCCAAAAGCAGCUUCAUGAGGCAGCUGAGAAAGCAGAGAAGCAGCAGGCUACCAAUCUUCAUAUCUAUUAUCUCUACGUGCACUAAACUUCAGAGCUGGUGGAUGCCGUUGCUCGGCAGGUGCCGAAUAAAGCGCCGUUCUCAGCCGGCAGGCGGAUGUGGCGUCAGUAUUUCCACCAUCAAAGCACUUAGACAAAACUUUGGAAGAGUUUGCAGAAGAAGUUCUGUUUGUGCACGUCGGGUGGCGCUGGUCUCGUGGGCCCCCUACGUACAUUUCUUUCUCAAGUGACGAAAGCAUUCUCUUUGGAUACGGAUUAACUUUUUGAAGACCGAAAUGGAAAGGAAGAGCAGAAUUAAAUGAGACCUCCAAAACGAGGACAAAGGCCUCAAAAACAAGCUCUUGUCAGGAAACAAGCUUUGUGGUAUUCAUGCAGAAGAGCUGAGAAGGGAAGCGAUGGAGUGGCUUUGGUGGGCACCUGGCAUCCAGACGGGGUCAAACCACCCCAACUAGCUGCAUCAUAUUUGAAUCUUUGCAGUGGGAGCCUGCCUGGGAUCCUGCAGGUAUUGCACGGCUGCAUUUUCUUCUCCAAGAAGUCUUGGAGAGACGAAGGCAGAGGGCUGCAACCAUUGGGGUUUCCAGGACACAGAAAGGGACGCGUGCCAGGGCAAUCCUACCAGACUCUGUAUUUUAGAGGCCUGUGUUUAAUGUCAAAAAAGAUCCAAGCCCAGCUGAAAGAGCUUCGUUAUGGGAAAAAGGAUUUGAUUUUUAAGGUCCUGUCACUGGUCCCCAGAGGAAAGAGAUGGGUGCCUGCCCCUCCCCUUCUCCUCACAAGGACGUUGUGGACUGUGCCGAGGUCUCCCCCCAGUUUCUUCUCCAGGCUGAGCAGCGCCCUCUUCAUACGGCUUCCCCUCAAGGCCCGUCACGCCCUUUGUAGCCCUCCUUGGGACGCUGUCUGGCGGCUUCGUCUCUUUCUUACGUCGCGGUGUCCAAAACGACACGCAGGACUCGAGGCACAACAGCUAACAGAUCUGGAGCAAAAACUGUCAGUUGCAAAAGGCAAAUUGGAAAAUGCGGCCCUUGACAAAGAAUCACAGCUGAAAGCUCUGAAGGAGACUGUGCAGCUUUGCCUGUCUUCUGUUCUGCGCAAUCAGCCUCCCACAAUGAACGUAAUCUCUUCCAAAGCAGCUGAGAAGCUGACUUCCUCAAACACAACAGGCGCCAAAGUUCCAUUUCAAGUGACAAGCACCAAGGUCUGGAAAAACGUCUCAGCAGAGAAAGAGAAUUUUCACGUGGCCUUGAGAAAGGAAGAAAAUCAAGGCACCCAGGAGUGUGAUUCUCAGGAUGUUGCCAAGACGUGUUUGGGGAACUGUAACGAUUCAAAGCCUCGUCUGAAGGCAGCAGAAGCAGAGACAAGCUUUCAGGAGUUGCACAGCCCUCCAUGGACUAAACCUGAAGAUAAAAAGCCACCUGAAAAAAAGGAGAAAAAAUACAAAGAAUCAGUUAGUACAGCAGGAAAAAACCUCUAAAUGCCACUGAUCAACAUUGCAAAAUGCCAAUGGCUUCCAUCCUCACGUUCCGUUAGCACAAAGGCACGAAAUGUCCCGGGUUUCUAAAGCAUGCAUUUUUCACUGUUUUAUCAACGUCUGGAAACGAGUCUAGAACAGGCCGAUCAGUACCUUACAGCAAUAAUCCAGAAUGGAUGUCUGAAGAAAUGCUUUGGAAUGCAGUCCGGGUUUGGAACUCUUGUUCUACCGUAUCAGUAAUUGUGUGCUAUCAAUUACCUGCUUUGUAAGCAGCAGUCAUUCUCCAGUAUUUUCUCAGUCUGUUUCAUCUCAUGUCAUUUUGUGGCAGAUUGGGGUUUAAGAUUAAGGGGCAGUCAGUGUGUGUGGGGGGGAAAUCUCUGCGUAACCACAUUUGAAAUACAGUCCUUAAGUGCGGCUGUAAAAAGGGAACUGUGUGUGGGGGUCCGUGUAUACUGACCCUUCAGUAAUUCCAUUUCAAAUCUACUUCCCCUUACACAAUAAAACAAGUUCAUUCUGUUAUUUUUUUCCUCA